AUGAACUCUCAGCAACCCAUGUUACCACAGGUGCAGCCAGCUAUACCUCUUUCCAAUGGCCGACCUGGGCACAAUGCUCCCUACGCCCCUUCCCCUCAUCCUCCGCAGCAGCCGCCAUACUACCAAGGCUAUCAAUAUCAAUACCCUGUCCAUUACCAGCGGCCUCCGCAGCAAUGGACGCCCUAUCCAGUACCCAUGUCCAUGGGAAGGGGCUACCAGCAAUAUCCUUCGAUAACACCCUAUCCAAUACCACCACACCUGCCACCUAUGCGUCCAUCAUCACAACAAGCCCCCUCAUCAUCUUCGAUACGUUCGGUCCAAGGCAUGCUCUCACCAUCUUCGUCCAACACGUCCGUACACGUACCUUCAUCCACACCCAUGACUGUGUCGAACCCGUACCGUGCUCCUCCGACACCUCCACCACCUCCAUCCGUGCCACAGCCGUCUCAACGGACUCCUUUUUACCCACCUCUUCCUUGGCAAUCAUUCGAAGGCGCCUUCCCUUCUAGAGCAUCUCGAAGAAGAAGAAAAACGCCCGCUCCGCAGUCAUCAAGCGUUCCUGUUGAGCUUCCUUCUCGUCGAGCAUCCAUCGGCGAUGCUGAGACUGUACCUGACGAAGCUAUGUUAGCUGUCGAAGCUCCACCUCCCAUGCAAGAAUCCUUACGCGACCCUCCUGUUUUUGAGACCCCCUUGACAUCACAACCUCCAUCAGAAGCUCUGUCUACCCAGCCGACCACUCCUUCCUCUGAAAUUACUCCAAAGAUGAAUGCCUCAAGUCGACCGAGCAUCCCUUUACUUCCUAUAGUGCCUGCGGUCCCAAACCUUCCAUUAGCCUCGCGGCCAUCCAAGCGAGCCUCAGCUAGUGCCGCUUCCGAUGUAAUGAAUGGCGUACCAGCGAACGCUGAUCACCUCGCCAAUGCUGUCGAGACUGCUGCUAAAGUCAAUGCGGAGGGGAGCGAAGACCCGGCCAAGUCUGCAGAGACUGUAACUUUGCCUCCUGUUAAAGCCGCACCAAAGUCUUGGGCAGACCUCGUUCGAACUAUGGGACAGAACACUACAGCUAGAACAGAUCAAGCUCCUAGUGACUCCGCAGCUCAGACCAACGGCUUUACCCCAACCAAAGCCGGGUCUUUGGCCGACGCCCUUAGCUCAUACAGCGUGAAGGAGAAUAACGAGAAUGCGAAAAUAGCUUUCCUGGAGCCGAGAGGCCUUGUUAAUACUGGCAACAUGUGCUACAUGAAUUCUAUUCUGCAGGUCCUUGUUUUUUGUAUACCAUUCUACAAUUUUCUCGAGAAAAUCGGAAGACAAGCGGCACAUAGCUUCAAAAGUGAUACUCCACUCAUGGACGCCAUGAUUAUGUUCAUGCGUGAAUUCCCUGUCAUCGAUGCAGCAGCUUCUGUUGACCAGCUUCGGAUGCGUCUGAAAGAAAAUGAGCUUGAGCAAUAUGGCGUAGCUUUCAUUCCAGAGUUCGUGUACGAGGUCAUUCGCCGACUACCUCGAUUCUCGUCUAUGCGACGUGGACACCAGCAAGACGCAGAAGAGUUCCUCGGCUUCAUUCUGGAAGAGAUGCAUGAUGAGUGCAGUCGGGCGAUGAGAUCACCCAAUGCGAAAAUGUCCUCUGGAGCGUCAACUCCUACUAACGGAGUGACAUCCCCGACCAGCGAAUCUACUGAUCCUCAUGCAAUAGAUGAUGGGGUUUGGCAGGAAGUUGGACCGAAGCAGAGAGCUGCCAUUACUAGAUCAUCAGGAGCGAUUGCCACUGAAUCACCGGUUACCAAGAUCUUCGGUGGAAAACUUCGCUCAGAAUUGCGUGUACCAGGCAUGAAGAACUCGGUCACACUGGAACCAUACCAGCCCUUACAGCUUGACAUUGGCGCACCGCACGUCAGCAAUAUCAUAGACGCAUUGAAAGGGUUGACUAAGCCAGAAACGCUUCAUGGCGAUUUCAACUCACCGAGGGGCCCAGGUUCAACGGCCACCAAACAGGUCACCGUUGAAACUCUGCCACAAGUGCUCAUCCUUCAUCUGAAGCGCUUUCAGUACGACAGUAGUGGCGGAACUCAGAAGAUUUGGAAGAAAGUGGGCUACCCCUUGGACCUUGAGAUUCCGAAGGAGGUCUUCCCGCAACACAAAAGGGGAGGUUUGCUCGCUCAUGGAGGCUUGCCAAAAUAUCGUCUCAUUAGUGUUGUAUAUCAUCACGGGAAGAAUGCUAGCGGAGGUCACUACACUGUCGACGUGCGGCGGCAAGAGGGACGGGAGUGGAUUCGACUCGAUGACACGGUCAUAAGGCGAAUUCGAAGCGAAGAUGUGGCGGAAGGCGGGAGCGAAGAGGAUCCUAAAGUUCUAGCUGCUGCGCUGGAGCAGCACAAAAACGGUCAGCAUCAGAGCAGCAACGUUUAUGAACAGUUUGCAGCGGAAGAAGAGGAGCAGAAGCAGGCGGAGAAAGGAUGGAGUCAGGUCAAUGGCGUGGCCUCGACUUCGUCUUCAGUCGGCAAGAAGUGGUCAGGGGUUGCUAAUGGGAAUGAGAUACCCAAGAUUUCAUCUGGAAAGAUGACUCCUGUUCAUCGGGCGUCCGUCAAGGACAACAAAGUCGCAUACAUUCUUUUCUAUCAGAGGGUGAAUACAUAG